GAGGCGGCAGCGGCGCUGAGGCCGAAGCGCGGCGCCGAGGAAGAGGAAGAGCGAGAGAGCGCUGCUAAGACCCAGAGGGCUCUGCGGGCAGCGGGGCGGGCAGAGCGCGCAGGCAGCGGCGGCUCCAUCACCAGCCACAGAGAAAGGGGAAGAGGAGGAGGAGAAGGGAGGAAGGAAGAAGGGCCGCGGCGGAGCAGGGCGGGCGGGGGGGCCCCGCCGAGGAUGGACAUGGCCUGACGGGGCCUGGCAGCCGGCCGGUGCAGGUGUGCCGGCGGCGGCCCCCCCGGCAGCAUCCUCGCCCUCCCCGAUGCCGCUGUAGCCGGCGAGGGGCCGCGGCGUGAGCGGGGGGCUCGGCGGGGGCGGCGGCGGCGAGCGAUGCUGCGGGGAGAAGCGGCGGAGCCAUGCUGAGGACGGAGGCAGGCGGAGGGGCGGCCGCCGGGGGGGGGUCCCCCUCCUCCGGCGGGGCGGCGGGCGGCGGGGGGCUGCGGAGCGCGUCCCCGCACCGGAACGCCUACGAGGCCACCAUCCAGGCCCUGGCGCCCACAAAGGAGGCCGACGGCGGCGAGGACGGCAAGAAGAGCCGGGGCAAGAAGUAUGGCUCCAACGUCCACCGGAUCAAGAACAUGUUCCUGCAGAUGGGGACGGCGCCCGGCCCCGAGGGCGCCUGCGACCUGGCCAAGGCCAAGGAGAAGCCGGUGCGCCUCUCCUUGCCCCGCGCCGGCAGCCUCAGCGAGACCAUGGACCAGGGCAGCCUCCUCAAGCUGGGCACCAGCGUCUCGGAGCGGGUCAGCCGCUUUGACUCCAAGCCCGACAAGCCCUUCUCCAAGCUGCAGGAGACCCGCAAGAUCUUCGAGAGGAGCCCGCAGGAGAAGGCCACCACCACCAAGCUGCUGCUCCGCAAGGAGCGCGCCGGCUUCCAGGACCGCAAGCUGGACGUGGGGGUGAGGUUCAACGGCAGCACCGAGUCCCUGGACAAGCUGGACGCCGACGCCGUGUCGCCCACGGUCAGCCAGCUCAGCGCCGUCUUCGAGAAGGCCGAUCUCCGGAACAACCUGCACAAGGCGCAGGGCAGGGCGGGAGCGCCGCUCAACGCCAAGGUGGUGGGCAAGCGGCCGCGGGUCUUCGCGCCGGGCGCCGAGGUCGGGCGCCAGGGCGAUGGGCACCCUGCCCCAACCCGCGCCCGGCCACCCGAGGAGGAGAAGGCGCCGAGCAAAAGCGUGAGGCCGGCGGAGAAGGAACCGGCCGCCCCACGGGUGCAGGAGGUCUGCAAGAUCAAGCCGGUGGAGGUGGAGGAGAGCGGAGAGGGCGAGGAUGAGGAGGAGGAGGCGGCGGCAGCGGGUGAAGCGGUGCCACCCGUGCCCCAACUGGCCAAGGGGGAUGAGGGUCCGGCGGCCACCGCCCCACGGCUGGAUGGGGGCGCCGGGGUGGCCGCGGGCGAGGAGGGCAUCAAGGGCGAGCGGGCGGAGGAGGGUGAUGGCUACGAGGAGGCCAAGAAGGAGGACUUCUCUGAGGCGGACCUGGUGGACAUAAGUGCCUACAGCGGGCUCGGGGAGGACUCGGGGGGCAGCGGGCUGGAGGAGGAGGAGGAGGCCGAAGGGCUGUACGAACCCGAGUCGGGCUGUGUGGAGAUCCCUGGGCUGUCUGAGGAAGAGGAGCCCGUCCCCAACCGCAAGAUCCAGUUCAGCACAGCGCCCAUCCAGGUGUUCAGCACUUACUCCAACGAGGACUACGACCGCCGCAAUGAGGACGUCGACCCCAUGGCCGCCUCGGCCGAGUACGAGCUGGAGAAGAGGGUGGAGAGACUCGACCUCUUCCCUGUGGAGCUGGAGAAAGACUCCGAAGGGUUGGGGAUCAGCAUCAUCGGGAUGGGAGCGGGGGCCGACAUGGGCCUGGAGAAAUUGGGGAUCUUCGUCAAGACGGUGACGGAAGGAGGGGCAGCCCACCGGGAUGGCAGGAUCCAAGUGAACGAUCUGAUUGUGGAGGUGGAUGGCACCAGCCUGGUGGGGGUGACCCAGAGCUUCGCCGCCUCCGUCCUCAGGAACACCAAGGGCCGUGUCCGGUUCCUGAUCGGGCGGGAGAAGCCGGGGGAGCAGAGCGAGGUGGCGCAGCUGAUCCAGCAGACGCUGGAGCAGGAGCGGUGGCAGCGGGAGAUGAUCGAGCAGCGCUACACCCAGUACACCGAGGACGACGAGGAGACGGGUGAAUAUGCGACGGACGAGGAGGAGGAGAUGAGCCCCAUGUUCCCCGGCGGGGAGAUGGCCAUCGAGGUGUUCGAGCUGGCCGAGAACGAGGACACGCUGUCCCCCGUGGAGAUGGACCCCGAGAAGCUGGUGCACAAGUUCAAGGAGCUCCAGAUCAAACACGCUGUCACCGAGGCUGAGAUCCAGCAGCUCAAGAGGAAGCUGCAGUGCCUGGAGCAGGAGAAGGCACGCUGGCGGGCUGAGAAGGCCCAGCUGGAGCAGAGCGUGGAGGAGAACAAGGAGCGGAUGGAGAAGCUGGAAGGGUACUGGAUGGAGGCCCAGAACCUGUGCCAGGCCGUGGACGAGCAUCUCAAGGAGACCCAGGCCCAGUACCAGACCCUGGAGCGCAAGUACAGCAAGGCCAAGCGGCUCAUCAAGGAGUACCAGCAGAAGGAGAUCGAGUUCCUGAAGAAGGAGACGGCGCAGCGGCGGGUGCUGGAGGAGUCGGAGCUGGCACACAAAGAGGAGAUGGAGAAGCUGCAGGAGAAGAUCUCCGAACUGGAGGCCAAGCUGCAGACUUUGAAAAAUUCCAACCCGACUGGCGUCACCCCCGGACAGCGGCCCCGGCAUGGCCCCAUCCCCCGGUACAGCAUCCCCGGUACAGCAUCCCCAGGACAGCCCCACUCCCGGGACAGCAUGCCUUGUACAGCCUCGCUUUGUCCCACCAUGUCGGUCUCCAAGCUGCAGGACACGGACGAGGUUUUUGAUUUUACCGCUGUGGUUCCAGAGACGCCGCGCCUGGACAGCAGCCUGCACAAAGCCCGGGCCCGCCUGCUGGCCAAGGGCCGCCGCCACCGGCCCUCCCGCUCCCGCCUGCGCGACAGCGCCAGCUCCACCGAGGGCGACGAGGGGGACACCGCGGGCACCGAGGGCGAUGGCAGCCCCCCGACCCCCUCGCCCUUCUCCUGUGCCGGCGACUUCUCCUUCGACGGGGGGGCGGGGCGGGCAGCGCUGGGGGACCCCCCGGCCCCCACGACCCCCCUCAGCCGCUACCGGCCCCUCACCAACACCUCGUCCCAGGAGGGGCUGUCAGGCCCCGCCGUGCCCAAAUCCUGCCCCAGCUCCGACAGCUCCCCCGGCUUCGCCCGCCGCGAUGCCCGGCCCCGGCAGCACAGCGAAGAUGACAGCAGGGACAUGAGCCCCCCCGAGCCCGCCAGUCCCACCGUGGGGCUGGACAAGAAAACACGGAGGAAGUUCUUGGAUUUGGGGGUGACCCUGCGCCGGGCGUCCUCCGGCAAGAGCCGCAAAGAGAAGAGCAGCAACCGCCUGUCCACGGGCAGCAGGGAGGCGGCGGAGGGUCCCGGCCGCCCCUCGGGCUCCCCCUUCCUGCCCUUCUCGUGGUUCUCGGACAGCGCCAGGGGCUCGGGCUCCCCCGGCUCCGGGUCCCCCUGCGGCUCCCCCCGGCACGAGGGGCUCAGCCCCGCCAAAUCCGCCUCCCAGGACUCGACGCUGAGCGAGGACUCCCCCCCGCCCAGCGCCAGCCCCCGCCUGCCCGGGCCCCCCCGCGCCAAGUGCUCGUACCCCUACCACACCCUGUCCCAGUCCUCGGACGAGUUCCUGGAGGAGCCCCCCGGCGCGGCCGCGGGCUGGACGUGCCAGCAGGUGGGGCAGUGGCUGGAGAGCCUGAGCCUGGAGCAGUACGUGCAGGACUUCUCUGCCCACGGCGUGGACGGGCCCCGGCUCCUGCACCUCGACGGGGCCAAGCUCAAGGCACUGGGGGUGGGCAGCUCCCAGGACAGGGCGGUGCUGAAGAGGAAGCUGAAGGAGCUGAGCCUGGCGGCCGAGAGGGAGCGCAAGGCCCAGGAGAAGGCGGAGAAGCAGCGGGAGAAGCAGAAGAAGAAGGACCUCCAGGAGCAGUGGCGAAGUUAAGGGGGGGCCUGGGAGUGCCCCUGCACCCCCUCCCCACCCACAGCCCCCCCGGGACGCCCCGGGGGACCCCCAGCGUGGGACACACUG